AUGGCGCGGGCUGGAACCGAGGAGCUGAUCAUGGUAGACGAGACAAGAGAGAAAGAGUGCGCGCAUCUUGAAGCCUCUGAAGCCUCUGGAGCUAUGAAGAUCUCCGAGCUGUUUGCAGAGCAGAACGAAGAGAUGCAGCUGAGCCACCAGGAGGCAAGUGAGCAGGAGGCGUCCAAGUCCAAGGCUCGGGUUGGUGGAGCCUUCGACGACGUGAGGAAGGCCAUGAGCGAGAAGAAGAAGAGAAAGGCGAAUGUGAGCCAGGAGACCCCAGCCAAGGGGCAGAAGAGGAUAGACACUUUCUUCUUCUCCAAGAGUGACGAGCUGCAUAGCUCAUCCGCCCCCCCUCCUCCCAACAGGGAGGCAGGAGAGCCUGGGGAUUUGCUUCCACGAACUUGCGAGGAGUGGGACGAGAAGUGGAAUGGAGUGAUCGAGAACUUCAAGGUCGGUCGAGAGAAAGUCUCGCGCAGCUGUCAUGAGCAGAACAUGGAGGAGUGCGAGCAGCAGGAGCCUGUCAUGGACUUGAAGGCUUCGAUGGAGAACCCGAAACUCGAGCAAUCGGAGGAAAGUGCGUUUGAGGCCAGGGAGGAUCCUACUACCAGCAUGAAGGAGGAGCCGAUGAAUUACCUUCCCUCUUCCUGUGUUGACCUCUGGGACAAGGAUCAUGUCAGGAUGCCUUUUUCUACUCACAACGUCUCAGUCAGGGAUGGGAGGCCGAGGUGGAUUCGUCUUAAGGAGCUCUUGACGCCUCCGGACAAGUUCUCCCUAGGAGAUCCUUUGCAGAACUAUCGCGCGUUUGAGAAAGCUCUGUUCGGGUACAUGAGCAAAGCUGGACAGACACAGCUGUCAGGGAAGUUUGUUGCGUUGCAAUCUGUCAUCCUGGAAGACAUGUCGGAGGAGGAACAAGAUGUUUUCUUCAAGCAGCUGCUUCCUUUCAUCAUUAACACGGCACUGCGGUUGCCAGAGUUCUGUUGUGAUCCAGUUGAGCUGUUGAAAUCGGGACGGGAAGGGAGUGUGAAGCUGAACUCAUUACAAAUCCUUUCGUUGAUCUCCAAUGCGUUUCUUUGCACUUUCCCAGAACGAAAAGAAGUUGGUAAGCCCAACAGAUUUCAGCGAUUCAACUUCACAAGCCUCUUUGGGCAGCAAUGGAGAGAUGAAAGAAGAUUGAAUCAACAGAAGGAGAAGAUAAAAUGUAUCCUCCAUUACAUCAGGAAGCAAUCUCUCAGAGCCUUCACCACCCUGGCUGGCCGCCAUGUUGUCUUUGCUCGCCGUAUGAUCGACGAUGAAAGUUUCCUACCUUGUCCUCCCUCCCCUUCAUUGGACAUCAACGUGACCAUCCUUAACGACGGAAAGAUCGAAGAUCACGACCCCGAUGGCCUAACCUGGCAGGCAGAUUUCGCAAACGAGAUGAUAGGAGGAGGAGUUCUUAGCUCGGGCUGCCUGCAGGAAGAAAUUCGUUUCUCCAUCUCCCCCGAGCUUCUUGUCUCGCUCCUCCUCGCCGAGAAGCUGGAAGACGGCGAGACGCUGCUGAUGGAAGGGAGCGAACGGUUCUCAGCGUACGAGGGCUAUGCUUCCUCUUUCCGGUUCUGUGGAGACUGGGAGGAAGAGAGGAGGAAGAGAAAUAGGCGUGACGAGAACAAGAAGGAGAGGGAGGAAAGGGACGAGGAAGAGACAAGAAAGGAGGGAGGGAGGAGCAAUGAACAGGGAAAGGCGACAGUGGGCGAGCAUCGAGAGAGAGCUGAUCAAGUGCUGGUCGGGAAGAACAAGGGGAAGGGAGGAAGGCAGGGGAUGCAGAGAAAGUCAUGA